AUGUCCUAUCGGAAUCGUCAACGUUCAGAUGGGUCCCAAAAGCAGUUGAUCUCCGACGGGGGAUAUUCCACUUUUGACUCUGGCAGCUACCAGCGCGACGACCUCUUGGGUGCCCCCAAACAAUCUUCCACCGACGACAACACCAUGUCGUCGGAAGAGCAAGCGCCGCCUCCACAACCACAGGCUACUUUUCAAGAGUAUCCUCGCCAUGUUAUCAUGCGUAUUCCGAAUACCGCCUUUGGCAUUUCUAUGGGUCUUGCGGGUAACGCCAUUUUAUGGAAGUCCGUGGGAAAGAGUGCCAUCUUCAACGCGGCAAACGCCAACACAGAAGCUCUCCAUGGCAUUCUGUGGCUACUGGCUCUACUGGUCGCUGCUUGGGUGUUCACAUGCUAUUGCUACAAAUGCUACUAUCAUUAUGAACUGGUUGUACGGGAGUGGCAGCACCCCGUUCGGGUUCAUUUCAUGAAUGCACCUCAUUUGAUCAUGCUCAUGUUGGCCAUUGGCCUCCCUGAUCGCUUCAAUGCAUCCGAAAUGGCCCUCCAGAUUGUUUUCGGGCUGGGUCUGGUGUUCAGACACUGA